AUGGUGCCCACUCUGAUGAACGUAAUUGAUCACUUGGAGCUAAUUUUAAAGAUUUACAAGUUUAGACUUAGUAUUUUGCUUUCUUUGACUUCUCAAAUAGUAUUUGGCAGUGGGAUUAUACUUGCCUGUCACCCUGGCUUUAUUUUUUUAUUUUUUAGCUAUUUCACUAUCCUGACGUCCUGCAGAGGCAGUGGAGGGACUGCUCACUUGGAUAACUGGGAUGAUGAUGAAGAGGACAAAAAAGAGGAAGCGGAAGUAAAACCAGAAAUAAAAAUUUCAGAAAAGAAAAAAAUAGCAGAGAAGAUAAAAGAGAAAGAACGGCAACAGAAGAAAAGGCAGGAAGAAAUUAAAAAGAGGUUAGAGGAACCUGAAGAACCUAAAGUGCUGACACUGGAAGAACAAUUAGCAGAUAAACUUCGGCUAAAGAAAUUACAGGAAGAGUCAGACCUUGAAUUAGCAAAAGAAACUUUUGGUGUUAAUAAUACAGUUUAUGGAAUAGAUGCUAUGAAUCCAUCUUCAAGAGAUGAUUUCAUGGAGUUUGGAAAGUUACUAAAAGAUAAAAUUACUCAAUAUGAAAAGUCACUGUAUUAUGCCAGUUUUUUGGAAGCCUUAGUUCGAGAUGUGUGUAUUUCAUUGGAAAUUGAUGACUUGAAAAAGAUUACGAAUUCAUUGACUGUGCUUUGCAGUGAAAAACAGAAGCAAGAGAAGCAAAGCAAAGCAAAAAAGAAGAAGAAAGGUGUGGUUCCUGGAGGGGGAUUAAAGGCCACCAUGAAAGACGAUCUGGCAGAUUAUGGUGGUUAUGAUGGAGGAUAUGUACAAGACUAUGAAGACUUCAUGUGACAUUUUAUCUUCUCCUGGUGUCUUCUUUCUGUUGCCCACAAUCCCUUCAACAUGUAGCACAACUUCCUUUCCUUUCAGUUCUGCCAAAUGCUACAAUCAGAAGUGCAGUAUCUUUUGUGCUGGUUACUCAACCCCUUGACACUUAGGUGCUAAUGUGCAAAUGAGGGAACUUGGAUCUUGCUGCCAAGGGGUUAAAAUCGGGAACCUCAGUUGCUACUAAAUCAUAGUUUAAAAAUGAUCUAAUAAUGUUGUUACUGUUGCUAUCUUAUUCCAUAGCAGCAUUCACUAAAUUGGAAACAAAGGUUGCAACAUGACAAAAAAAUCGCAUAGUAUUUACCAGCACCAUUCAGUAAUACAGCCUUAACCAUACCUCCUUGAACUACUUCAUAACUUGUCAAGAAAAGCAGUUUGCAGCAAGGGCAUGUGGUGUGCACCUAGUAUUAAAAUUGCUUUGUCUUAAAAUUGAGCGUGAGGAUAUUAAAAUCCAUUGUGAAGAAGACUGCUUAUCUCAGAGUGAAGAUACUUAAAAAUUAAAUGACCAAAACCCUCCAACUUUGAAGCUGAAGAAGGUAAACCUCUCCAUUAUUGCAGUACAGUAGUUAACUGUGGAAUCUGCUGCGUGUAUAGACCAUCUAGUUUUUAAUUUAUUACACUAUUUCGACUGAUGGCAUGCUUCAGAAGGGGGAGGGAAACUACCUGAUUCAAGUAUCUGAGAAACAAAUCUCUUUUGUUCUUCUAGGCUGCAGUGGAACAACUUUAACAGGGUUGUGGCAUUUCCUUUCCUUUAUAAAACAUGCUCAGCAAACUGCACCAGUUAACUACAGUUUGGUAAAUUGUUGUGUUCACAAUUAUGACAUCUGCAAUGUUUUAUAAAGUAACUAAUUUAAUAAAAUUACUAUUGUGAGGACUUAAAUUUUGUGUUAUAUCCCAAGAGAUAUUUUUGGAGAGCGCAGAACACAGCUCUUGGGACUAAAGUUAGCUAUAUACUUCCUAAAGUUUAAUCAACGCUUGGUGUAGUUACAGCUUUAAAACAAGUGAUGUUCUAGGUUGUUAAUAAUGUCACCAGAGCAACAAAGCAGCUACAAGGCUAUUUUAUUUUUUUGGGAAAUUAUUUUGUUUAGAUACUAAGGCCUAAUUAAGUACUAUAAAGAACUAUUUAUUUGGAUAAUGGAUCCUACAACUCAGGUUAUGGUUAUAAGGAUAAACUGGGAUCUUUAUUUGUCCUAAGUGAUUUAAUAAGAUUUGUGGGUUCAUCUUUUUUUGUCCCAAUUACCACAACCAGAGCAAAAAAAAAAUUCUAUAGGAAAUAGGAUCCUUGGCUCUGUAGACUUAAGUGUAAAACAGGAGGACUUAAAUGAGUUGGUGAAUUAACAUAAGGCCUGACUACACAGCAAUAAUUAUAGUAAAUUCAGAUUUAAGGCAGACAAGGGCUAAGAUUUCCUUAGCAGUAAUGACAUACACAGAAUUUAAAAUCUAUUUUAUUAUAAAGACGUUUCUAACAAAUGAAA